UCCUCCGCUAGCUUAGCCUGCUAGCUGGCAGCUCAGGUAAACAUGGCCAUGUCUCAGGCUCUGUCAGAGGAGGAGUUCCAUCGGAUGCAGGCUCAGCUGUUGGAGCUUCGGACUCAGAACUACCAGCUGUCUGAUGAUCUCAGGAAGAACUCGGCUGAGCUGAACGCCGUCCGUCAGAAGAAUGUGGUUUUGGAAAGAGAUUUUGUCAAAGCACAAAAGGCUUUGAAUAAAAGCAAAAAAGCUCAGGAGGUGGAGGCGCUGCUGAGUGAGAACGAGAUGCUUCAAGGGAAACUCCACAGUCAGGAGGAAGACUUCAGACUACAGAACAGCACGCUGAUGACCGAACUCUCCAAGCUGUGUACGCAGAUCGAGCAGCUGGAGCAGGAGAACCAGGGCCUGAAGGAGGGAGGAGCAGCGUCUGCGUCCAGCCCCCCGCCUAACCCCGCCUCCAGUCCCGUGGAUGGAGAGCUGCUCCGCCUGCAGGCGGAGAACUCCACCCUGCAGAAGCAGCUGAAAGCUCUCCAGGAGCGCUAUGCCCCCGGCAACCAAAGCGCUACCACGGAGAAGGACGAGUCCGCCAGCGCCAACGGAGUCUCUGAUGUCACAGGGAGAGGGGAGGAGCCAGCAGCAGAGGGACCCAAUGAGAGGCUGGACCAGACGGAGGCUCAGCUGGAACAAACGGAGAAAAAACUUCACGGUGAGUUCACGGUUUUUCUUGAUUAACUGUUUGAAACCUCGAACGACAUCCGUUUUCUUGUGUCGCUCUCAGAAGCCUUUCAGAAGCUAUUUGACCCUCUGAGAAAGUUGGUUUGAUUUAUUUUGAAAACAUGGGGAUAAAAGGCAAUGACCAAUAUUUUUGUGACAUUUUACAGAUUAAAUUACUAAUUCUAUUAUGACUUUUCUAGAAAAUGAUAUG